UCCUAAGCACAUCCACACAUUCCAAGCAUGAAACGAAAAGCAUUUUUCUUGUGCAAUCCAGUUGCCAGUGGCGCCUAUGCCGACCUUUGGAUUGUGGAGCAGAUCCUUUGGAUAGUGGAUUCGAUUGCAAGCCCGGAGCUAGAGGUCUUCAAGAGCUGGAUCCCCAACUUGGCAAGAAGUGAAGCCUCCUUGUCCCAUCCUUUGCAACCAUGCAUUUCCACCCGGCUUUGACUCCCAUCGGUUUGUAUUUCUUCGCCUUCCCACUUUGCUACACCUUCAACAGCCUCACAGCCAUGGAGAGCCCUUCGGUCAUUGCGGCGAGUGGUUUUGCAACCCUGGCGUUCCUCUUUGCUGUGGUCUAUCUUCCAAGCCACUCACAGGAUCCGCUUUACUAUGUAUUUAUGGUUUUCUCCUUCUCUUCGGGGGUCGACGCCAUCAUCGCCUUGGAGGAAGACAGGUUCAUGGACAACUUUAUAGGAUUCUACAUGAGAGAGGGCGAGCCGUACCUUACCACCGCUUAUGGAAUUAUGAUUUGCUACUGGGAUGGCGUCAUCCAUUACGGCCUUUAUAUCUCUAUGAUCAUAGCCAUCCAUAAAAGGAAAAGCUACCGAAACAUCGGCCUCUACUGGAUCGGGUCUCUCACCAUGAGCCUCAUCGUUUUCUUACCGGGCAAUGCAAUUGGGAAAUACGGCUCGGAGAUCCGACCGGCCUUCUUGCUCAACAUUCCCUACCUUCUCAUCCCUAUCUGGGCCGCCAUGCGGAUCUUUGCCCACCCCAAGAACCCGACCUUAAUGACAGCAGAUCAGAUUGCCCAGGAGCAGGGCAAAACCUUGAUCCAGCGACCUUUGGAUUUGGGAUUGGUGGCCUUCCUGCUUUUCGCCGUGGCCUUCACGCUUUUCCGAGGACUGGUGGUGCUGGAUUGCCCCUGGGAGACGUGCUUCGACUACAUCUACCAGCAAGAGCCCUACCUGCGGGACCCUGUGGCUUACCCCAAAGUCCAGAUGCUGGUGUUCCUCUUUUAUGGCCUGCCGUAUUUCUGCAUCUGUAUCUAUGGGUUACUGUUCCCUGGUUCAACAUGGAUGCCGGAUUGUGCUUUGGUUUGCGCCGGUGCCAUUGCCCAGGCCCAGUUUGCCCACAUUGGGGGUUCCCUCCACCCGCGCACUCCUUUUCCCUAUCGCAUGCCGGAAACGGCUUGGUGGACGGCUCUGCUCUCCAAUGUUAUCUAUGCCUUGGGGCCUCACCUUCUGGCCUACCGCUGCCUAAAGAACCCGGCCUUCUUCGGCCGUGCCGUUUCCUCAGUCGAAGACAAGAAGACUCAAUGACCUUAUUCUUUGAUGGUUGAUGUCUUUGCCAAAGGUUCCAGGACCACUCCACAGCAGAUUUGAAACUGGUUGAAAGGUGGAGAGGGAAGUGCCAACAUUGUCGUUUUGGCAUUGUGGGUUUUCUCAGUGAAAUUUGUUCCACUUUGCCUUCCUAAGUGUGACUCAACCAGACCGAGCCAAGAUUUGAACCCAGGUCUACGAGUCCGACCUUCCAACUUCUACAUCACACUGUCUUGCCACAAAACAUGCAUCAAUUUCCUGCUCUCAGGUUCAUAAUCAACCUGCUAAGAACUGAAUUAUUGCCUGCGUUGUGUCAUCAUAAAAGACUUCUUUCUCCCUUCUCCAGGUCACUUUCAUCUUUGCCCAGCCCUCUUUUAGAAUGUCUCAAUGGCAACGUUCUAGCCCUCUUCCAUUCUUCUGACAUAGCCUUUCCGUCUCUAUACUGACAUCUUGUGGUUGUGUCUGAUACAUAAAUGCCCAUCGGUUUUGGUGGCCUAUCUCCAAACAGGGUUGAUUGUUUAGUGGAAACCCCUCCAUCAUUAUUUAAGUUGAAUCACAAAGGAUAUAUACAUACCAAUUUGGUCCAAAUCCCUGAAGUAAUUUCGGAGCCUUUGCGGAACAUACAUACACACAUCCAAUAUAAGGGGGUGGGAAUAAUUUUGCAAAUUUUAGUGGAAAAUCUGCGAUCAUUAUUUAGGUUAAAUUACGAAGGAUAUAUAUCUAUGCACCACAUUUAGUCCAGAUCCAUCAAGUUAUUUCGGAGCCUUUGCGGAACAAACAAACAUACAUACACACACUUUAUAUAUAUGUUGUACGGGAAUUGAAACAAAUACGAUCAGGCAAAGAGAAAGAAGCCUUUUGGGACAGUUGUACAAGCCACUGUUUUAUUUAAAUAAGAAAAUAUAUUAAAACCAGUUUAUAUAUGA